AGCACAGCCUCAAGCUCAAGGCAUCAUCAGCCACGCCGCAGCAAGCUAGCUGCAGUGCUGCACCGCCGCGCGCCAUUUCCGAGCCACUCGAGAGCUCGACCUGACCACCGCGAGCGAGCAGCAAAGAGAGGGGAGAAGAGACCGAUCAAUAUGGGCAGGGCGCCGUGCUGCGACAAGGCGACCGUGAAGAAAGGGCCGUGGGCGCCGGAGGAGGACGCCGUGCUCAAGGCCUACAUCGACGAGCACGGCACCGGCGGCAACUGGAUCCAGCUCCCCCACAAGAUCGGGCUUAACAGGUGCGGCAAAAGCUGCCGGCUGCGGUGGCUCAACUACCUUAGGCCAAACAUCCGGCACGGCAGCUUCACCGACGAGGAGGACAGGCUCAUCUGCAGCCUCUACAUCAGCAUCGGGAGCAGGUGGUCAACGAUCGCCGCGCAGCUGCCGGGGAGGACGGACAACGACGUCAAGAACCACUGGAACACCAAGCUCAAGCGGCGCCUGCUCGGCGGCCGCGGCCGGCACCCGAGGGUCCUCCUCCCGGACGUCCCGAUCUCGCAGCCGCGGAGCUACCUCGCCGCGUCGGCUCUCGAGAGGAUGCAGCUCGGCAUGCGUCUGCACCAGCGCCACGCGCGUCUCAAGAGCGGCCCAGCCUUCACCUUGUACAACUACAGCAACCUCGGUGCGCCGCUGUGGCCGAGCCCGUCCCCUUCCGCUUCUCCUUCACCGGCGGCGAGUGAUAGCUCGGAGAGGCAGCUGCAACAGCUACCCGUUGCUACUUCCACUAGCUACUCCUGGCUCUGGUCUCUCACGCAAAGUAGUUACACAGGACCAAGCGUGCAAGAGGCCUUCAACGGCACUUGCACUCCGCCGCUGUCGACGAGCACCGGCGAGACGAUGGCGGCUUUUGGCGUGGAGAGCUCGAACUCAACGCCGACGGCGAGCUCGGCCUCCGCAACGUUUGGCUGCAUGGAUGAUGAAAUCGACAUGUUGCUCGGGCAGAUUCAGUGCUUCGGAGAGAACGACCACACCGGCGAGGAGGCGGCCGGGCUAGACCGCUUCUUCUUGGGAGCAAUGGAUCAUGAGACGGAGGACGGCAGCGUUGGUUCUUGGAGCUCCUGCUCUACUCCUACAGUGGACUCAUUGUUCCAGGACUAUGUGCAAGGGUACAACCAGUAGCUAGAAGCUUGCAAACGUGCAUUACAUGUUAUGUUAAUGUACCUGGAUGAAAUACUUUAUGGUUUGAUGACAAGAGUAGAUAGUUUCGAUCUGAGUAUCCGGUGCAUCGAUUGUUAUGUGUAUACGCAUGACAGUUCUGUAGUUCUCUCUUAUGAAGAUUUGAAUCUUCAUUGCAUAUCAUCCUUUGUCAAGUUUGGAGGGUACAUAUCAUUCUAGCUAGGGAUACACAUUGAUUUCCUCCAGAAAUUCAGGAUCAAAACAUCAAUUUAGCAUGCAGUUCUAUACUCUGUUUAUGUGAGGAUGUACUUACUAUACAGUAGUCUACUUACGUAUGAAAUGCUAUGUUUGCUUAGGCGUCUGUCCC